AUGACUGCUGCAUCUGUCACUGCUGUAAGGGUUGUGGCUGGUUCUGCUCGUGCUGUCAAAGGGGCAGCUGAGCUGGCACACUGUGAUUCGCUGUCUGAUGACGACGGUGCAUUUGACUCGCCGCGUUCCGAUUCGUUCCUAUCCCUCUGCUCGGACAACGACUGGGGAACGCCGGGUUCGGCGUUUGCGACGCCCAUGCUAGCGGCAUCCACCCCUUUGUUCACAGCAGGCUCUACUCCCGUUAUAGCAGGCUCCACUCCCACGUAUAGAGGCAGACCCCCCACUGUUGCUGCCAUUGCAGCUCGACUCGCCAGGCUAUCUUCGUCACCACAUGCUGAUGCAACAGCAGGCGCUGCUGAUGUGACCACGGUUGCGGAGGGAUCAGCUGUGGUUACGGUAGCUGCGGCUACAGCAGCUAUUGCUGUUGGUACAGAUGGGAGGCGCAUGCCAGCAGCAGCAGGUGGUUCAGAGGAUACAGGUGCUACCUGUAGCGGCAGCAGUGGUGUCAGGAGUGACGGCUGUAGCAGCUACAGAAACGAUGCAUGUCAGGAGGAGCAUGUCAUGCUGCCCGCUCCAGAGGAUUGGGGUUGCCUGGUGGGCGAUCUGGCAAGGCAGCUGUGGAUGGUGGGGAGAUUGUGGGAGAUGCGGGGGAAAUAG